GGGGGACGGCAGAAUGUGCAGCUUUGGACCGCUUUAUCGACCAGACACAGGUGGGGAAAGAAUAGUUUGAUUUCGUAAUGACAAUGUCACUUUUAACAAGGAUUCAGCAUCAGAAUGACACGUUUCAGGGAAACAUAAGGUGGCUGAUUAGGAGCAUGUGGGUGUUCAGAAAUCCAGAGACAAUCACCUUCAAAGUCAUCUUUGUUACUAUUUUCUUAUUCUGUUGCUUCCACUCAAGUUUCAAACAAUAGAGUGAGGCAAACACAUAGAAGGAAAUGCAAAAGAGAUGCAAAAGUGCAGUGGCUGUUAUUUUUUUCCCUUACAAUGGCAGGCUAAAGCAGAUUAAGAAUUUUGUUCUAAUGAAUAGAACGAAACUUGUGUAAACCAACUGACAUGAACUGAGAUUGAAAGCUAAUGAUGUAGGGGAAGGAGCACGUCCCUCAUUAAUUUAUUUUAAUCAAAUGAUUCUAGCCUUGGAUUAACUCACAAUUGUAGAGCGAAACAGAACAGCUAUUUAUUAGGCAUGACUGACAACGUGAGCUCAAGAGUUGACAUCCCAACCAACAUUUCCCUCAGCCCCACUGUUGCCAUUUUCCAGUCCCUGGAGUACAAGACGGUGUCUGUGUUUUUGGUAAUGCUAGUGUGUGGUGUUGGCAUUGUGGGAAACAUCAUGGUGGUUCUCGUGGUCCUGACUACACGCCACAUGAGGACACCUACAAACUGUUACCUGGUGAGCCUGGCCAUAGCUGACCUUACAGUGUUGGUCGCAGCGGGACUUCCCAACAUCUCAGACAGUCUCACAGGCACCUGGGUGUUUGGACACGCCGGUUGCUUGGGAAUCACCUACUUGCAAUACCUGGGCAUCAACGUGUCGUCCUGCUCCAUCACCGCCUUCACUGUGGAAAGGUACAUUGCUAUCUGCCAUCCAAUGAAGGCUCAGACGGUUUGCACAGUGUCCAGGGCUAAGAAGAUUAUUACUGGGGUUUGGAUACUCACCUGUGUGUACUGCAUAUUAUGGUUUUUCCUUGUGGAUAUUCAGGUGAGCCCGGAUGGACUUGUUCAGUGCGGGUACAAAGUGAAGAGGGAGCUCUACCUGCCCAUCUACCUCAUCGACUUUGCCAUUUUCUACGUCGUUCCCUUGCUUCUUGCUAUUGUGCUGUAUGGGCUCAUAGCACGGAUCCUCUACCUGGGGCCUCUGCCAAACCAACCUGACACCUGUACUACAUUGCGUCAAAGUUGCCGAGAAGGCACAGAAGUCGGAACAAGAGCUCGCCCACGCUGUCCAAGGAGUGCUCUCUCAGCCAGGAAACAGGUGACCAAAAUGCUGGCAGUAGUGGUGAUCCUAUUUGCUCUUCUGUGGAUGCCCUACCGAUCGUUGGUUCUGAUCAACUCUUUUGUGUCCACACCCUAUCUGGAUGCCUGGUUUUUGUUGUUUUGUCGGACUUGCGUGUAUGCCAACAGUGCAAUCAACCCAGUGAUAUACAACGCCAUGUCUCAGAAGUUCCGCUCGGCAUUCCGCGGGUUGUACCACUGCAGGCAGCAAGACGGAAUGCUGAGGACGUUGUCAGCAAUUCCGGCAGGCACAGUCCGUGACCCACGUACCUCCCAGUCUAAUAUCAGCCGGGUCAAUCCAAAGACUAGAACAGAUGUAAAUCCCCAAAAGGGUAAUGGUCGUCAGGAGCCACCGAUUUUAAAUGGCAACAAAAAAGAAAAUUUGCCCAAAUCAGCCACUUAUAUUGGUAUUUUAGAGGAGAGUUGUGUUGACACAUCCUUACUAAAUGAUAAUAAGCUGGAUCACUCUACAUCUGAAGAUGCCAGAGUUGAUUUUCCAGAACCAUGUACAGCAAAAAGUCAGCUGGACGUUACGUAAGUACCUGAAGUCUUUGAAGCCUUGAAAUCGAUAACUAUGUAGGGAUUUCAAUGAAUUUGGACGAUGUGAAAAACAACACAUACCCGUGUAACAUAUAUUUAUUUUAAAAUGUUAGAGGGAAACUGAACAUGAAAUCAGGUCAUUUUAAGUAAAUUUAAGUAGUUUCCUCCAAGAACAGAUUCAUACAGUAGUGUUAUAAUGUUUCCCUCACACGUUAUUGUUUUUAUUUUGAUCUUUCUAUAAUCUCCUAAACUUAAAAGUGACAUUAGAUUUUCCUUUGCUAGCAGUUUACUGCUCUGUUCAGCACAAUUAAGGAGUUACAGUAAUCCUGUGUGAAGCAAGAACACUAGUUUUUCCCCACACUAUUGAAAGAUCAAAUUAGUGUGUGCAUUUUUCAGUCUUCAACACAUUUGAGGAAUUCUUCUGUUGUUUCAGUUCAGUACUGUGUUUCGGGUGGUAGCUGAGAUAUUUAAAGCAGCUGUGACUUUCAAGAAGUUUUCAUCCUUUCUUUCCAGUGUUAUUCUCUCCCAAUUCGAGCAUUGACCUUGUGAAUUAAUUAAUACUAUUACAGCUGGAAGUACAGUUAUCCAAUCUAUGGAUUUAGUAUCCUACUCUAUUGACUUAAAUUUGAACAAAGCUCAAUUAAGGUAAGCAGUAUUUUUAAUGAUCGUGCUGGUGCAGCCUUCCUUUUCAGUGUGGGUUUUUUCCUAAUUUUCCCUUUUUGAAAGCAUGAAUGACAUCAAGAUGGCUGUGAGGGCUGAGCUGUGGGGGAUCCGGGAAGUUCCCUUCCAGGAGUACAUGAAGGCAUGACAGACAAGGCUGGAAAGUGCAUUGAACUCCAAGUUGUGGUUACUUCAAAAGGAAAAAAUGUGUUGUUUCUGUAUUAAACUGUCUCUUUUGUGACUGCAACUUGAAAAACCCAGGGCCAAAAACAACAAAGACAUUACAGUAACUGCAUGGUCAAUGUAGGCACAUCCCUGUUGGGUUUAUAUUGAGAGUGUCCCUUUUUCACUUCCGAUUCGAUAUCAAUACUUCAGCCGGCUCAAAAAAUGUAUACUUUUAUCAUUUUGUUGUGUAGAAUGUUAGAAAAAGCUUGAUACGACCAAUGGUAGGUGUGGAAAAAACACCAACCUAUUUGUUAUUAAGUGAAUUGUGAAGUUAAUUAUAUUUAUAUAGCGCUUUUCUCUAGUGACUCUAAGCGCUUUACAAAGUGAAACCCCAAAUAAAAAUAUUACUCACUUCUCACAUUCAGACUGUAGUCUCCACAUAAAACAAAAGUGAAGCGACGUUAGAUUAGUUAUUUGUGAUUUUCCAUGGUGUCAAACAUUGGUCGGCUCAUUUAUAGGAGUGCAUGACUCUAGCCUGGCUUAACGACAUGAUGUACACUGGGUUUAUACAGAUAAACAUAUAGGUAAUAGCUCUCUAGACUCUUAUUUUGAAUUGAAGUGAAGUGAAUUAUAUUUAUAUAGCGUUUUCUCUAAUGACUUAAAGCUUUUUUACGUAGUGAAAACCAAUAUCUAAGUUACAUUCAAACCAGUGUGGGUAUCACUGGGAGCAGGUGGGUAAAGUCUCUUGCCCAAUGACACAACGGCAGUGACUAGGAUGGCGGAAGCGGGGAUCGAACCUGCAACCCUCAAGUUGCUGGCACGGCCGCUCUACCAACCCAGCUAUACCGCUAUAACCAUCUGGAAUGGACUUAUGCUGCUUUUAAGUUGAAGUGGAGUGGUAAUUGGCUUUUUGACAACACCAAGUGGCUACAAUAAUUCAGUCAAAGUUAAAUGAUGCGGACACUUUUGUUACUGUAUACUUUCUAACAUGUCUUGGAAACUUAAUUUCUGUAAGUAAAAUUUGCUUUGUUUGUAUUGACAAAUGGGUUUAAAACUGCAAUAUUGUUCACUUACGGACAAUUAGCACGUAUGUCUAGCUGGUGUGCUAUUGUGUGCUAAUCUGUUGUGUAGCUGCUAGCUCCCAGUAAUCUAUACCCUACCAUGUUUACCUUUUGUAAAUGACUUCACUAAAGUAGAAAAACAUAUUACUUUUGCGUGCUUAACUGGCUGUCGAGCUUUGCACAAGUAAACACGCUGCAGGACUCUUUGUAUUGGAGAUUUUAGAUGCAAGUCUGUAUCAUCCGAUCCUUGUUUUUUUGUUGAUGUCAGACCAAUAUCCGCUACCAAUAUUGGAUCGUGGAAUCGACAGGCGGAUCGGUGCGGCGUAUUCAGUAAUGAGGACGUUGUACCGAUCCGUUCUGGUGAAGAAGGAGCUGAGCCGGAAGGCAAAGCUCUCAAUCUACCGGUCGAUCUACGUUCCCAUCCUCACCUAUGGUUAUGAGCUUUGGGUCAUGACCGAAAGGAUAAGAUCACGGGUACAAGCGGCCGAAAUGAGUUUCCUCCGCCGUGUGGCGGGGCUCUCCCUUAGAGAUAGGGUGAGAAGCUCUGUCAUCCGGGAGGAUCUCAAAGUAAAGCCGCUGCUCCUCCACAUCAAGAGGAGCCAGAUGAGGUGGUUCGGGCAUCUGGUCAGGAUGCCACCCGAACGCCUCCCAAAAGAGGUGUUUAGGGCACGUCCAACCGGUAGAAGGGCCACGGGGAAGACCCAGGACACGUUGGGAAGACUAUGUCUCCUGGCUGGCCUGGGAACGCCUCGGGAUCCCCCGGGAAGAGCUGGACGAAGUGGCUGGGGAGAGGGAAGUCUGGGUUUCCCUGCUUAGGCUGCUACCCCCGCGACCCGACCUCGGAUAAGCGGAAGAAGAUGGAUGGAUGGAUGGAAUAUUGGAUCAGGGCACCCCCAGUUUUUAUUAUGUUUCUAACAAUGGUAACAUUAAAAGACUUGUUUUUUUGUUUUGUUGUUGACAUCUUCAAAUCGUUGCUGCUCGAAGCUGGCAACGUCAGCCGUUGGUCAAUGAUCAGUUUUUGGGAUGGGAGGUUUAAAGCCUGACCCAGCCGGUUGUUACCCAGUGGGGGCUAUAAUUCUGUCCUGUGUGAGUUUUGUUUUUGCAAACUCAAGAACUAUGGUAGUCAUAACUGCAUAAAAUUGAGUGAUAUAGUCUGUGAAUGAUCUUAAAUCGUUUGGCUUUUGCAUGGUGCUUACUUGUCAGCAUGAUCAUUUGCUAAACUUUUUAAGGGUUGAUUAGUGCAAUUUAGAUAUUAAUCCAGUGAACUUUUUUUUAAUUGUUUAAAAUGUGUCAAAACUAACAGUAUUUGAGUAGUGUGACUUUUUUUCUUCUUCGACUGUAGUUACUAGUUGUUAUCGUAGCAUAAUUAUGUUUGUACAAAGUAUGUAUGCUUGCAGAAAAAAACAAAAUAUUUUUGUACAGCAGUGACGUGGUAAUACUGAUGUGAAAUUAAAUGUUCAAUAUUUCGAGAAUUUGGUUCCAAGCGUGUGUAUUAAAAUGUAUUUCUAUUGACUGUCUCAUGAUAUUUUCCAUGUAGAGCAGGGGUCUCAAACAUGCAGCCCGCGGGCCAAUUGCAGCCCGCGAGACGUUACUUUGUAGCCCGCACUUUGAUAUGACAAUAUAAUCUUGGUGCGGCCCGCAAGUUUAAUGUGAACGGCGCUUGACCGCGUCAUACUUUCCCAACGUUCCCAAUUAUCAGGGCAUUCAUUCUCUCGAAAUCCCUGUCGAAUUUUACCCAAUCAACAACAUUCAGGGGGUGCCAUAAUGGUACUGUCUUUAGCGCCCUCUACGUCCUGUAUAGACAGCGUGCAAGCCCAGUUACCGGUAUAUGUUGCAUCUAGCUGUGUCACACGCACGUGUGCUACAGCAAGACAUAUUUGAUCAACAGCUACACAGGUCAC